CCAGCACUGUACAUCUGGCUGCCCUUUGAGUUCGGGUAUUUAAGGAGAUCAAGAGCUCCUUUGUUUCAUGCACUUGUAGUUCAUCUCUCUCCUAUUCUGAAUAGAAUUCAGGUCCCAUUAUACUUUCUUAUUCUCACUCCAUUCCUCGUCCUUAUAUUGAAGUUUAUAAAGAGAUACAAGAUCAAUUAGCUCAGGUUUUUACCCAAGAAAAUGGUGAAGAUUUGCUGCAUUGGAGCUGGAUAUGUUGGAGGUCCUACCAUGGCAGUCAUUGCACUCAAGUGCCCCAAAAUUCUAGUGACUGUUGUUGACAUCUCCAUCUCUCGCAUCACGGCCUGGAACAGUGACCAGCUCCCCAUUUAUGAGCCAGGUCUUGAUGAAGUAGUGAAGCAAUGCAGAGGGAAGAACCUCUUUUUUAGCACUGAUGUGGAGAAACAUGUCUCUGAGGCAGACAUAAUUUUUGUUUCUGUUAACACCCCGACAAAGACCCGGGGCCUUGGAGCUGGCAAAGCUCCAGAGCUUACAUAUUGGGAGAGUGCAGCCAGGAUGAUUGCUAAUGUUUCAACAUCGAACAAGAUAGUCGUUGAGAAAUCAACUGUUCCAGUGAAAACAGCUGAGGCAGUUGAAAGGAUCCUCACCUUCAAUAGCAGUAACAUCAGCUAUCAGAUUCUCUCAAACCCAGAAUUUCUUGCCGAAGGAACUGCCAUUCAGGACCUUCUUAACCCAGACCGUGUUCUGAUUGGAGGGAGAGAAACACCUGAUGGCCAAAAGGCAGUUCAAGCACUGAAAGAUGUAUACUCGCACUGGGUUCCUGAAGACAGAAUCAUUACAACCAAUCUCUGGUCAGCAGAGCUCUCAAAGUUAGCUGCCAAUGCCUUCUUGGCUCAGAGGAUUUCUUCUGUCAAUGCCAUGUCAGCUCUGUGUGAGGCAACUGGGGCAAAUGUUUCACAAGUUUCCAAUGCUGUUGGUAAGGACACCAGAAUUGGACCCAAGUUCCUUAAUGCUAGUGUAGGUUUUGGAGGAUCCUGCUUUCAAAAGGACAUCCUCAACUUGGUCUAUAUUUGUGAGUGCAAUGGCCUCACUGAAGUUGCCAAAUACUGGGAACAGGUCAUUAAGGUGAAUGACUACCAAAAGAAUCGAUUUGUCAACAGGGUUGUCUCUUCAAUGUUCAAUACAGUUUCUGGUAAAAAGAUUGCAAUACUUGGGUUUGCCUUCAAGAAGGAUACUGGGGACACAAGAGAAACACCAGCAAUUGAUGUGUGCAGAGGGCUAUUGGGGGAUAAAGCAUGGUUGAGCAUUUAUGAUCCACAAGUUGCUGAAGAUCAAAUAAAGAAGGAUCUCUCAAUGAACAAGUUUGAUUGGGACCAUCCUGUUCAUCUGCAGCCUUCAAAUACUGCUGCUGUGAAUCAAGUCAGCAUUGUUGGGGAUGCUUAUGAGGCCACCAAGGAUGCUCAUGGGAUCUGCAUUCUAACUGAAUGGGAUGAGUUCAAGACCCUUGAUUUCCAGAAGAUUUUUGAUAAUAUGAAGAAACCUGCAUUUGUGUUCGAUGGUAGAAACAUUGUGAAUGUUAAGAAGCUGAGAGAGAUAGGAUUCAUUGUGUAUUCAAUUGGGAAGCCAUUGGACCCCUGGCUCAAGGACACGCCUGCAGUGACAAGAGAUAAAUAAAUUUCCUAUCUUCCAUAGCCAAAAAGCUGGACCGGAGGCUAAUUUUUAAAUUCUGUGACAUUAAUGCUCAUGUAUUUAGUUUUCCAUUAACAACUUUCAAUUAUAUUCAUGUUGG